AACAGAACACUACCAUUUAAAGUUGUUUCUUCGGAACAAAAUUACAGAGAAAAAAUAAAGAAGCGAAAAUCUUUGGUGUUUGAGAAGGACUUGUGUUGUGAAGAGGUAAGUUUUAUUGUUCUGAAUGUUCCUCUUCUUAUCUUACCCUUCUGCUUCCCAUAAUUAAAUCACUCCCUACACUAUCCAACCAAUCAUUUCAAUUCAUUCCCUUUCUGUCCAGAUCAAAUCGUUUCCAAACAAUUAAUAAAAAAAAUUACAUUUUUCAUUCCCAAAACUGAAUGCCCCAAUCUUCUGAACCCUAAGGUUAGUUAACAACCGCAUAUGGUUGGCGUGAAAGAAGCCUUCUUCAGUUUGUAGUCGCAUCGAGGCUUGUGUGUGUGGCUGGAGUUUGCGUGCUGAGAUUUCAGGCCAACAUUUGAAUUCUGUGACCAAUAAUAAUGACUACGGUCCAGAGUGAGGGGGCAGCAAAAGGAACUGCCACAACUGACAAAGCAUUCAAAAGAUGGGGAAGGAGAAGCCCAUUUUUGAGAUACGGCCUUCCUAUGAUCUCUCUCACUGUCCUCGGCUCAAUAGGCCUUGCCCAACUCUUGCAAGGGAGCAAGGAUAUUGCAAGGGUGAAAGAUGAUCAAGAGUGGGAAAUAAUUGAAACAAGAAAAGCAUUGUCUAGGACAGGACCAGUGCAUGCGUACAAUCCAAAACAGAUUUCCUUGGACGAUGAGCUAAAGGCUUUGCAACAAAAGGUGGACAUUAACAGCUAUGAAUACAAGAAAAUUCCUAAACCAAAUGAAGGCAAUCAAGACUAGUGUAGAGUUGCGGAUUGGAAACAACUUUUGUCAGAAUUUCUCAUGUACCGUUCUGGAAAUAAACUUUUAUGGAGUCAAAAGCUAAUUCCAUCUUGCUAGUGAAGUUGGUAUGGCCCUUCAUCUUUAGUGUUUUGACUUUUGCUUACGACAUUAUGGGAGUUGAAGUUGAGAUAAAAUUUUGAAAUUUGUGUACCAAGGAUCUUUAAGUACGGUGCUGGGAAUAGCUAAAGGUACUCGCUUGGCUCUAAGGGUGAAAAAGUGUAAAUGUUUCUUGUCAUGUUUUAGUUUGUCGUUUUUACCUAUCUUGCAGUGAUGCACAUUGGAUGUUAUAACGAUAAUCCUAAUGGAGCCACUUUUGCCGUCACAAAA